AUGCCUGGCGCUGGCCCAUCAAAGAAGGGCAACAACAAGUCCAAGUACCGUGCCCACGCAAAACGCGCUACCGGUCCCCCCAAGGGCGGCGAUGGGCAGGGCGCCUUUGCUGCCGGACCUUUCGCAAAGUACCGCACGCAGCCUUUGGUGACCGCUGGUAUCAGUGUGACCGCCGUGCAAGGAAAGGAGCGUAUUGCUGAGCGCGAGAUUCUCGAGGCUCUCGAGGAGGCGGCCGACGAGCUGUACCCUGAAACCAAAAUGGAGGACGAAGCCGCGGCCGGCGGCGACGACGACGAGGACAUCGAGGACAUGCUCAAGAAGGAGCUCGCCACCAUGUCGGGAGAGCCAGGAAAGAAGUCUCCCAGGUUCCGUCUUUGCAAGCGCGAGACUGCAUGCGUGGUGUACAUUAUUGUGCUUGCGCCUCUUGACCCCGUCAAGCUCGUGACGCACAUUAUGGAGGGCUGCGAGCGUGCCAGGAAGUGUUCGCUCCGCUUUGUUCAACGUCUUACCCCCAUCACCCGUGCUGGCAACGGUACUCUCAACUCGCUUGCGGAGCUUGCCCGUGAUGUUCUCCCGGCUGGCUUCCACACAGAGGACGGUCGCGGCCUCAAGUUUGGCAUCAACACGCACACUCGUAAUUCGGCCAAGAUGGAGCGUCUAGACAUGAUCAAGACUGUGGCUGAGGAGGUGGUGAAGCUCAACCCUGAGCACAAAGUUGACCUCACCAACUCGGAGCGCACCGUCAUGGUCGAGCUGUUCAAGUUCAACCCGUCGCGUGUGGCCAAGGAUGCUGCUAUUGCCGCCGGCGACGCGGUUGAGGAAGACGAGGUGGCCGCUCCUGCCACGAACCGCUCAGGAGAGCACGCAAAGUCGCGCGGCCACGCCAAGAACGCUAACCGCGAGAGGCGUGCCGAAGGAAUUGCCCAGGCCGAGGCGGCCAAGACCACUGCUGCUGCUGCUGUUCCGGCCAAACGCAAGGCUGAGGAGAGCGCCGAGUCUCUGGAGGACGGCGAGGUGAACAAGAAGGAGGACGUCGAGAGCGGUGAAAUUGUCGAGGACGAGAAGGCUGUGCUGGGAGAAGAGUUUGAGGAGGUGAUCCAGGACGGCCGUGCGACCAAGAUGCGUCGCGAAGAGUAG